AUGCCACGCCAGGUUAUCCAUCCAUGGCAGAUUAGAAAAGGUUCUCAGUGGUUCGUGCUGACACGCCCGCAUGCAGCGUUAGUGGUGGAAGAUAUGAAGUACUAUGUGACCUUCGGCAGGGGCAGAGGGGAAUAUCCUGAUGAGGGCUACAUUCAGACAGUGGUCUGGGGAUAUGAUCGUAGAGGCAUAGAACCUCACUCAGUCAUGCAUGUGGAUUGGCCACAUUACAAGGCUGAGCACCCGUUAAUGUAUUCUGGGAGCAGUGUGACGGCGGCGUUGAUAGAGAGGAUGCAAAGGCGUCAUUUUGCAGUGUCAGAGAAUGUCGGCCUUUUAGAUGUCGCCUUUCCUGGUCCAUGCAGAGUUGCUGGAGAGCGAGCCCCGUGUUUUCUGUUUGCACGCAAGUUUGCCCCCUCUUCAGUCAGUGCUCUAAUGUCUUUGCGGGAUACUUUGGGUCACUUGACGUUCUUAGAGAUUAUUCAGAACAAGCUCACAAUGGCUUCUGCCGUCCUUCGCAGCUCUUUCCUCGCGGCCCCUGUCGCUGUUGGCCUUCCGAAGCUCGAGGCAGCUCCGGCUAGGAGAAACCUUACAGUUCGCGCUGGGACCAAGAUCUUAAGAAAUGUCAAGGUCGUUGAGCUCUUCGGCGAGGACAAGACUGGCGGCGUUCGCGGCAAGGUCGUAGGCUCGGACCCAGAAAUCCGCCUCCUUUCACGCGUGGAGGAUCUCCGGUUGCUCUCCAAGGCCGAGCAAGCAGGCCUCCUCUCACUCGCAGAGUCCUUCGGCCUCUCAUUGACAGCCAUUGAGGAGCUCGGCCUUCUCUCCAAGGCUGAGGAGUUUGGUAUCCUUUCUGCUGCCACUGACCGGUCCACUCCUGGCACUCUUCAAGCCAUCGCCUUCCUCCUGCUUCUCGCUGGCCCUGCUUUCGUGUACUUCGUUCCUGAUGACAGCACUGGCUUGAUUGUCGCUCAGGUUGUGGUUUCUUUGUUGUGUGCGUUUGGCGGAGCUGCUGCUUUCGGUGCUGGCCAGCUGCUUGCCUCUCUGCAGAAGAAGUAA